CCAUGUCUUGUUUGCUUCAUCCCCUCACUGCUUAUUUUCAAAGAACUUGGUUUUGAAAUAAUUGAGCAUGGUUUUCUGUAGGGUGUUUAUGGUCUGUCUUACACAAGCCCGGUAAUCAAUGCAUGUUGCAUAUGCAUAAGCUUGAUGUUAUUGCCACACGAGGGAAAAUUUGACUGAAGGGUCUCUUUAAUUUGAAUGCUAGCUACUCUUCCCAUAAUUUGCUGCAAAAGAAAUGGUAGCUUCCAAAGAUGAUGCCCCAGAAGACUGUGAAAGCAAUUUGGUUUCUGCUGAAAAGUUGGUCUUUUGAGUUGGUUUGAACAAGCUAGCUGAUCAUGAAGGAAAACAAAUUUCUGUUAAUGGGUGUGGCUGGUUUAGAGGAGAGAUAAUGAGCAUUAUGUUUGAUGACAGUCAGGUUUCAGAAAUUCAUGGAGUUGAAAAACAUACUUGAGGAUCAAAUGGCUACUGCUUUGUGGUUCUUCAGGUUCCCACCACCAUGGAUGGCAGUUGUUGCUCCAUUUCUUAUAUUGAUGGGAUUAAUGGGCUUUGGGUUCUUCUCCAUCUUCCUAACAUCAAUGGUAUUGAUUCUGUCGACUGUUUUCUUCACAUUUUGUAAGCAAAAACCUGUUCUGGUUGAGAAGUUAGUUGAAGAAAAGGUUCUCAUCAGGUGUGACCAAUCGUUCUCUCCUUGCUUGGAAGAUGAAUCAAGAACACAACAUGAUGAGGAAGAAACUGCUGCCUUACAAAAGAAGGAAGCUCAAGAAGAAGGUAUGAACCCUGUUCAUAAUUACUUAGGAGCAUCACCAUGUUCACCAGAUUUGAUAUCAGAAAGAGAAUGCCUUGAUCACUUGUCAACUAGUGAUGAAUCUGAAGUAGACUGGUCAUUUGGAGACAACGCGGUUCAGAGUCCGGAUUGCUCAGACGGUUCCAUCUCCGAUGAGGAUAGCCUCAUCGAAAUAGCCCUGCCGGGCGGAUACUAUGUUGGUCAUAAGGAACAAGAGUCAAUCUUUAAUCUGCAGCAGAAAAGGCCAGGUUUGUCACACCAGUCCAUUUUCCAACAGCAUACUCUAUUGGAGCUAUUAGCUGAGAUCAAUGAGAUGAAUGAGGAAGAAAACUUGAUCGAAAUCGACUUGUCCAUGGGCUCUAUCAAGUGUUCAAGGUUUGAGAUUGAAGCUUGAGUUAGCCUUUUUUCAGAGUUCACCAUAUUUAAGUUUUUGAUCCUCCCUGGAUUUUGGUUGAAAGUUACAUGCUUCUGUGCUUUUGCUACUUUGUGUUAUAUUGUUGUGCACUGUGAAGCUCCUGCUUUUUGACAAACUUUGGAUACCCAUUAAAGCAUUUGUACUAUUCCACUUUACUUUCUCC